AUGUCUUCCGAUCUUGAACAAACAAAUAAUCCUCCCAUGCGAGGUAUACCGGCAAUUACUGGCCCAAUAGAUUACACCAAGGCAUUUCAUGUUUUCCCCAAAGAAUUACAACCAUUCCGUAAUUCUAUCAUUGCAUAUGGAGCAUCCCUAUUUUCUACAUUAGUGGGAUUCCCCCUAGACACUGUGAAAACUCGAAUGCAGACACAUAAGAAUUUUACAAGUUAUUUUGAUUGUGUUAAAAAGACAUAUGCUAAAGAAGGUGUACGUGGGUUUUUCCGAGGUAUUUGGGCACCAAUCAUUUCAACGUCAUUAUCUAAAUCUUUAAGUGUUUCUUUAUUUACCACAGUGAAACCAUAUACAUAUGGACUAUUAUAUGAGACACCCUGGACGAAAAAUAUUGAAAGCUCGCAUCCAUUUUUACGAAAUAUUCCUGUUUGUUUUAUAUCUGGUUUAAUUGCAGGUGGUGGUGUCUCUUUAUUUGCUUGUCCAUUCGAAUUUACUAAAGUAUAUGCUCAAUUGGAGAAAUUAGUGGCGAGUAAAUCAUUGAAAGAAUUAUCAAAUUUAAAUAAUAAUGGUGGCACCAGUUCUGCACAAUUGACAACCAAGUUCAAUUCAGUGAAAACACCUUCUACAGCGGUAAUUGUGAAAGAAAUCUUGAAAUAUGAAGGAAUCAAAGGAUUGUAUUCUGGUUAUAAAUACCAUUUGAUGAGAGAUUCAAUUUCUACUGGGUUUUAUUAUUCUAUUUACGAAUCCAUGAAAUGGUCGAUAAAUAAUUUUAUAAACAAAGAUCCUUCGAUUUCUUCUCCAUUUUCAGUGUUAUUGGCUGGUGGGAUGUCUGGUGUAUUCAGUUGGGUAUUAAUUUUCCCGAUAGAUACAACUAAAUCUAUGGUGCAAAAAGAUGCUGUGACAAACAUUUUACGACGAUCUCAUGGACUUGAACCCUUACCUCCUAAACAUAGAAAGCUACAAAAAUUUGAAAAAAGAGCUUAUCGGGGGCUAGGAAUUUCGGUUACAAGAUCUUUCAUUGUAAAUAUGGUGUUCUUCGGGGUGUUUGAAUUAGGUAUGACUUAUUUGGCUUAA